GUCGCAGCGCGAUGACGUAGUUUCCCCGACAUUCCGUGUCCAAAAUGGCCACAGUCGGCGAGGAGAGACGUCGCUAAGGGGCUUGCCUGAGGCGAGGGGAUUCUAACAUUUUCAGAAAAUCUUUUGGAAAGAACAAGUCUACUUCAAUAAAUGAAGGAGAAUAAAGAAAAUUCAAGCCCUUCAGUAACCUCAGCAAACCUGGACCACACAAAACCAUGUUGGUACUGGGAUAAGAAAGACUUGGCUCAUACACCCUCGCAGUUGGAAGGACUUGAUCCAGCCACUGAGGCCCGGUACCGCCGAGAGGGGGCUCGGUUCAUCUUCGAUGUGGGCACACGCUUGGGACUGCACUAUGAUACCCUGGCAACUGGAAUAAUUUAUUUUCAUCGCUUCUAUAUGUUUCAUUCCUUCAAGCAAUUCCCAAGAUAUGUGACGGGAGCGUGUUGUCUCUUUCUGGCUGGGAAAGUAGAAGAAACGCCCAAGAAAUGUAAAGAUAUCAUCAAAACAGCUCGUAUUUUAUUAAAUGAUGUACAAUUUGGCCAAUUUGGAGAUGACCCAAAGGAAGAAGUGAUGGUUCUGGAGAGAAUCUUACUCCAGACUAUAAAGUUUGAUUUACAGGUGGAGCAUCCAUACCAGUUCCUCCUCAAAUAUGCAAAACAACUCAAAGGUGAUAAAAACAAAAUUCAAAAGUUGGUUCAAAUGGCAUGGACAUUUGUAAAUGACAGUCUCUGCACGACCUUGUCACUGCAGUGGGAGCCAGAGAUCAUAGCGGUGGCGGUGAUGUACCUCGCAGGGCGGUUGUGCAAAUUUGAAAUACAAGAAUGGACCUCCAAACCCAUGUAUAGGAGAUGGUGGGAGCAGUUUGUGCAGGAUGUCCCUGUGGACGUUCUGGAAGACAUCUGCCACCAAAUCCUGGAUCUUUACUCACAAGGAAAACAACAGAUGCCUCAUCACACGCCCCACCAGCUGCAGCAGCCCCCGCCUCUCCAGUCUACACCGCAAGUGCCACAAGGGCCACCGCCCCAGCCAGCUCCAGGCUCCGACCCGCCACAGCCACAGCAGAAGGACGCGCAGCCGCCCGCCCCACAGCCCCCGCCGCAGCAGGCCCCGCCACCCAAGAAGCCGUCCCCGCAGCCCAGUCCUCCCCGCCCAGCGAAGCGAGCCGUGGUUGUUUCUCCCAAAGAAGAGAACAAAGCAGCAGAACCACCACCACCUAAAAUCCCCAAAAUUGAGACCACUCACCCUCCAUUGCCUCCGGCCCACCCACCUCCAGACCGGAAGCCUCCCCUCUCCGCCCCCUUAGGCGAGGCGGAGCCCCCGGGCCCCGGGGACACCAGUGAGCUUCCCAAAGUCCAGAUUCCUCCUCCGGCCCACCCAGCGCCCGUGCACCAGCCGCCGCCGCUGCCACACCGGCCGCCGCCGCCGCCGCCCUCCAGCUACAUGACCGGGAUGUCCACCACCAGCUCGUACAUGUCCGGGGAGGGUUACCAGAGCCUGCAGUCCAUGAUGAAGACCGAGGGCCCCUCCUACGGGGCCCUGCCCCCAGCCUACGGCCCGCCGGCUCACCUGCCCUACCACCCACACGUCUACCCGCCCAACCCGCCCCCUCCGCCAAAUGAGGCCAGGACCGUCAUCGUGGGCCUGCCGCAGCCCCCUAUGCACAUGAGUCCUGCUAGCUGGGACAAGGAGAUGCUCAGGCCUGGGCCUGGUCACCCCUGUACCCCUAAAGCCGUCAAUUACACACGAAGUGUGUGA